UUUGAUUGAGAAAAGAAAAUAAGAGAAAUAGCAAAUGGCAUCGUCAAGCUUUGGUUUCUUGAGCCUGGCAAUGUUGGUGAUGGUUGGAACUCUCUGGGGAGAGCAGGACGGAGUCUCGGCCCAGUGCGAGUUGAGUAUUCCGAGCUUGGUAUCGCAAUGCUCGGAAUACGUAAAAAUAUCAGGGCCGGGGAUCCCCCCGUCAAAGAGUUGCUGUGAUGUGGUAAAAGGCCUGAAUAUUCCAUGCAUGUGCAAGUACGUUACACCAGACGUUGAGAGGCUUGUUAGUAUGGAGAAAGUAGUGUUUGUUGCUAAAUCAUGCGGCUUGACUGUUCAACCUGGAAUGAAAUGUGGAAGCUUCGUUGUUCCACCGCAUGCUUGAGGAACGGAUCUGGGAUGAUGAGUGACGG